AUGGUGGCUGAGCAGCUCCUCGGAGGACUGAGCGAUGGCGAGAUCGGAGGCAUCGUUGGUGGUGUUGUUGGCGGGCUCAUCUUGCUCACCCUUCUGUUGGGCGUGUUGCUUGUGGUCAUCCUCCUCAUCAUCAGCCCCAAGGCCCCGGCCGCACCCGCCCCCGCGCCCAACACCGUUCUCUAA